AUGCCGUGGAAGCACAAGACAGCCGAGACCAGGCAGCGGGUACGCGAAAACCAGCGGCGGUCUCGGGCCCGCCGGGAAGAGCUCAUGCGUGACUUGCAGCGGCGCUUGGAUGAGCAGGAGCAGCUCGGUGUCCAGGCCACGUUCGAAAUGCAGCAAGCAGCCCGUCAAGUGGCGCACGAGAACAAGAGACUACGUGCCUUGCUAUCUCAGAAAGGGGUCUCCGAUGCUGAAGUGGAGGAGUUCUUAGGUCGUGGAGAUCCGGAUCUCAUCGACAAUCAGCUGGUUCAGAAUCGCCUCCUGACAAGGGCUAGUACAGCUUCGAGCACUCCUCACGUGUCCUCUGUCAUGGCGUUGCUGAACGCGGAGCAACCCAAGACACCUGCACGCAGCUGUAAUCUGGAAUCUUCAUGCGAAAACCCGCCACGCAGAACGGAGGAGAACUCGCGUCUUCUCGAAUCGAUCGGCCCGCCGCACGAAGAUGACACACCAACAGUUCUGGAAGAUUGGCCAUGUUCUAGCGAAACAUCCCCGUCGCAUCUACCCGAUCCAGAUGUCCGCUAUAACUCGGGCAUGGAGACGUCCUGCGACGUCGCGGCUACGAUCCUCGCCAACAUGCAUGGUCACGCAGAUACCAGUCGUAUACGAGUAGUUCUCGGUUGUACCGGCCCGAGCGACUGUAUCGUCAAGAAUACGAGAGUGUUUGACCUCUUGGACGAAGCGGCAUAA